AACUUGUCUAUUACAACAAUUUACGUUUUGAUUUUCCCGCUCUGUCAUUAUAUUACAUAACCUCAAUUCAGACAUGUGGGCAACAUUUAGGUUAAGGUUAAAUUUGAAAUUUUGAAAGUUAUUUUAAGGAUUAAAAAGCAGAAUGUCGUCCCAUUUAAGAUUUAACGAAGAUGAAAGUGAUUACAACCCUUCUGAUUCUGAUGAAGAUUACACAGAAAAUGAGAAAAUUCUCUUGAAGAAAGUUAGAAAUAAGCUACCUAAAGACUCAGAUAGUGAAGGGGAAGUUUUUGGUGUGGGUUCUGGUACAGACGAUGAAGAAGAUGAUCAAAGCGAUAUUGCGUUAAGUGACGUUGAAGGACAAGAAGAUCAAGAUGAUUUGCCUGAUAUUAGGGCGUGGGGUAAAGAGAAAAGGAAGUUUUAUUCGACGGACUACGUAGACCCUGACUAUGGGGGCUUCCAAGGUAAGGAUGCACAUUUGGCCGAAUUGGAAGAAGAAGAAGCAAGAAAUUUGCAGAAGCAGUUGGCUGAACAAUUAGAUGAUGAUGAUUUUUGUUUGGACGUGCCCGCAAAAAAGGUUACUGAGGAAGAUAAGCAAGUAUCAGAAGAACUGAUUAAAAGUGACAUUUCUAAAUUAAGUAAAAGGCAAAAAUUGCAAAUACUGCAAAAGGAAUCCCCAGAAUUCUUUGGCCUUGUUGAAGAUUUUGAGGAAAAAAUGAUCGUUGCUAGAGAUUUUCUUAAACCAGUGUUGGUUCAAUAUAAAAAGGGACAAAUUUCGAAUUGCUCUGCAAUGGAGUUUGUGGAAACUCAUCACGAAUUAAUUUUAAAUUACUGUGUCAACAUCAAUAUGUAUUUGUUAUUGAAAGCUUCAAGAGUUAACAUGCAAAAUCACCCAGUCAUAAAACGUUUGUACCAAUACAGGCAAUUGUUAUCACAAAUGACACCAGUUUUUGAAGAGGUGAUUAAGCCUCAAAUUGAGUUGCUUUUAAAUGAAGAAGACAGAGAAGUUCCCAAAAAAACAUUAAAGGUCUUGAGCAAAUUGGUCAACAAAACUGAAAAGAAAGACAAUAAAAAGAAACCAGCAGGAAGCAAAAAAGUACAAUUUAAUCCAGACGUGGAUGAAAAAGAGGCACCUAAUAAUGAACAGGAAAUGGAUGAAGAGGCAAAUGUUCCAGAAAAUGAUUCUGGUAAGAGGGCUAUAACUUACCAAAUUGCCAAAAAUAAGGGUCUAACGCCGCACAGAAAGAAGGAACAAAGAAAUCCAAGAGUAAAACAUAGGAACAAGUUUAGAAAAGCAAAAAUACGAAGGAGAGGAGCUGUACGUGAACCGCGAACGGAAAUGACGAGGUAUGGUGGAGAGUUUUCAGGGAUUAAAGCAAGCGUCUCCAAGAGCAUCAAAAUAAAAACUUAAUUUUGUAUUUUAACUAUAAACAAUAAAACCCGUUAUGAAACAACAA